UCACUGACGAUGCCACACUCAACAUGGCGCACUCAGCGUAGCGUGCUUUACGUGCUGACGUCAGGCUGUGUUUUGACGUUCAGUGUCACUGACUGCGCCGUCAACCCGAGGGGCAGAAAAAGGAAAUCAGGACAAGGAUUGUCACACCUAGCACAGACUAAUCUUCAUCAUGGCAUUGAGGAGCGCUGUGUGCCGUCUCUUGGUGAACCCUCAGAGAUAUGCCAUCAUCUCAGCUUCCAGAGCACAAGGAACUGCAGCACCUGCCAGGCAAGAUGCCGAGAAGACUGAGCAGAAGUAUAAAGCACCUAAGGUCCAGUUCAGCUGGCAAGAUGCCCUGAACCUGGAGGGCCAGCUGACGGAGGACGAGAUCAUGAUCCGAGACUCCUUCCGGAUCUACUGCCAAGAGAAACUCAUGCCUCGCAUCAUUAUGGCAAACAGAAAUGAAGUGUUUCACAGAGAAAUUGUGUCAGAGAUGGGAGAGAUGGGUGUCCUGGGCCCAACCAUUAAAGGUUAUGGCUGCGCUGGAACGAGCUACGUGGCCUACGGUUUGAUCGCCAGAGAAGUAGAGAGAGUGGACAGCGGCUAUCGCUCAGUCAUGAGUGUGCAGUCAUCACUGGUCAUGCACCCAAUUAAUGCCUAUGGCACAGAGGAGCAGAAACAGAAGUACCUCCCCAAGCUGGCUCGUGGAGAGCUCCUGGGUUGCUUUGGCUUAACGGAGCCCAACCAUGGUAGUGACCCCAGCAGCAUGGAAACCAAAGCCAAAUACAAUCCAUCCAGUCGCACCUACACUCUCACUGGCUCAAAGACCUGGAUCACUAACUCCCCUGUGGCGGAUGUAGCUGUAGUCUGGGCCAAAUGUGAUGAUGGGAAGAUCCGCGGCUUCAUCUUGGAGCGUGGCAUGAAGGGCCUCUCAACACCUAAGAUUGAGGGGAAAUUCUCCCUGAGAGCCUCCGCCACUGGUAUGAUCCUCAUGGACGAGGUAGAGGUCCCUGAGGAGAACCUGCUGCCUAAAGUGUCCGGCCUCGGGGGUCCCUUUGGCUGCUUGAACAACGCUCGUUACGGCAUCGCAUGGGGAGCUCUGGGUGCUGCAGAGUUCUGUUUCCAUGCAGCUCGACAGUACACGCUCGACAGAAUCCAGUUUGGCGUGCCACUGGCAAGGAAUCAGCUAAUGCAGAAGAAAAUGGCGGACAUGUUGACAGAGAUCACCAUCGGCCUACAGUCCUGUCUGCAGCUGGGAAGACUCAUCGAUGAGAAAAAAGCGGCCCCAGAGAUGAUAUCCAUGCUGAAGAGGAACAGCUGCGGUAAAGCCCUCGACAUCGCCAGGCAGGCCAGAGACAUGCUGGGAGGAAACGGCAUCUCAGAUGAGUAUCACAUCAUCCGCCACGUCAUGAACCUGGAGGCUGUCAACACAUAUGAAGGUACCCAUGACAUCCACGCCCUGAUCCUGGGCAGAGCCAUCACGGGCCUGCAGUCCUUCACUGUGGGCAAAUAGAUCCCACCUCUUGCUGCUGCUCCCAACCAACAGGAAUCUGCUGUCAGAAAUGUAACUCGCAUGUUGACUCCACAGUGGUUUUUACACUCUUGAUGAUUUCUCAAAUGAAUUGUGGCGAUGUUUGUUUUUCUCUCAUGUUUGUAGAAUAUAUAUUUGAGUGCUUUAUUUUGAGGGCAAGAACAAGUUGUAAGUCUGUCAAUGAAAGUUGAAAUAAUUUUUCAAAUUAUAAAGGGCUAUUUUUCUACUCUCAGACUAUAGCAGAGAUUUUGUUCCAGCUCCCCAUUUCUUAGUUGUAUAGAAAAUUCAUUGUAUAGACUUUCACGGACAACCCCGUACUAGUAUUAACACUUCUGAAUGAAGUCAAGAUCUAGAUUUGCUGCUGGUUACUGAUGUAUGAAACAUUAAUACUGUAAUUAUAACAAACAAAGCAUGAAUAACCACAACUUGUUUGGAAUAAUGCUACAGUCCCUGUAUAACUGGUGUAAGAGAUCAGGUACUAUUGUAAGACACACCAUGGUGAUUACUUCUAGGACUGUACUGGCUCUGUCACUAAGGUGUCAUAUCUUUGCAUGGUUUGCCAGAGGUCAAGGAUGCUGAUAAGAGCUUUAAUAAAUAAAAUAAAAAUAAGUAUUCCAAAUGUCUAAAUCGAAGUAGAUCAAUGUGAUACUUUUUUAUAUUUAUCAAUGGCUAAGAUGCAACACAAAGUCUUAACCAUACAACUGUAGAUCAUUUGUGCUGUGUGUUGAAGUCACAUGAAAAUGCUAGUCGUGAGGUUAAAUAUGCUUCAUAUGUGUUGGCUUCAGUUGUGUGCUGUUGAAAUUCAGAAAAAACUCAGUUGUCAUUGUCAUUUGUUCUGGAUUUCUGUGAGAUUCCCACGGGAGGAGAGUUAUUUUUGCUAUUCAUCACAGGACUGGGACGGGACAGGAAGAAAAGUCAAUGGGAGCAGGAAGGCAGUUCUAAUAUGAAUACAUGCUAUUUUCAGAUUUCUUUAUCGGGAAUGGGAUGGCAUGGGAGUCAUUUUUCUGAGAUUGGGACGAGAGAUAAAUUGUUUUUUACUCUGUCAAGGAUUUGGAACAGGACAGGGUUAUUUUUGUGGGAGGGUGAUGGGACAAGAGAGAAAAUCCACUCCUGUAUGACCCUCAAAUAUGUACCAAUACAACAAUGUAAAAAUUCUCUAGUACAGAAAAAGUGCUGCAUUCAAAAUUUUACUCACUAAUUAUAGGGACAAACAUAUUCUUCUUAAAGUUGCCUACAAAUACUUAAGAAUAGUACUCACUCGGCAGAAGAAAUGUGACUACAUACAGUUACUACUGGUUCUCAAUCUAGGGGUCACAAGAUAAAUGUGGGGUCAUGAGACGUUAAUGGGAGAGGAAAGAAGAAAAACUUUUUUCUAAUCUUGUUAUUUGUUGUCACAUUUUUGUAAUAAGAUCUCAGAAUUUUGACUUUUUCAGUAUUAAAGAACUCAUACUUCUGACUU